AGUUUUCUGAUUGUUCUUUUGCUUCGACGCGUUUCUGUCUGUUUUUGCCAGUAUAAAUUCUUAUUUCCGAUUACAAUCAACGAAAAUACUAGUAUAAUUGGUUACGCCAUGGAUUUCAGUGCUCUUCUACAGCAGGCUCAGAAGCUAACCCAUGAGACCCAGGUUGCUGACGACCUGCCACGGGUAGAGCGCACCCUGCCGCAAGUCCUACAAGCAACACAGGAGCUGCACUCCCGAGUAUCCCAAACUGGAGCACAGGACAUGCAAGCACAUAUCCUGCUGGGACACAAAGGAAUAGAUUUGCCGAAAAUUUCCCAAAAGCUGGAAACAUUGAGUUCGAGAAAAACGUUUGAGCCGCUAGAUCCGAUCGCAACGACCGAUAUUCAAAGUUUCCUGCGGAACGAGAAAGAGAACGCAAUUUUGUCUGUUAUAGAAGAGGUGCACAAGAACUCUUACCAGGCGGCGCAGAACCAGAAAUGGGAGCAUACCAUGAACGAUUGGAAGCUAGAGAAGGUAAAGCUGAUGAAUGCCCUGAUCGGUCCGUCCCAGAACUGGAUUGACAUUCGUAAAGGGCCGGAGCCGACUAUUUUGAACGAGAGUACUUUCGGAGGUCGUUCGUCGAUGAAUAAUCAAGAGGUUGCGUACGCCCGAGAAGUUUACGAGUAUAACAAACUGGUCAACGAAGGAGCAAUGCGACCGUCGCUUGUGCAGCGGUUUGCUGUUGUUGCGGAAAACUUUAACGACUCCAAGGUGAACGACAUUUGGGAGAUUAUGAAAUACAUGACGAAUGUAACUCCGAGCCCAAGAACGCAGGAUCCACUGAGAACACGUAGCACUCAGACGCAGUUUAUCGAACAAGCGAAACGCUAUCUAGAGAAUCGAUACAAACUGUUUAUGGAGACGGUCAUUUCCGAACAUUUGAGGGAAGCCCAGCGUGGUGGUGUUCCGAGUAUAUUAAAUUUGGUCGGUUCAUUUGUGGGACUAAAGUUUGCCAAUCAGAACAAUUCGAGCUUCAUUGGACUCCAGGAUGGACACGUCGAUGGGAAACCGUUAUGGCCCAUGGUUUACUAUUGUUUACGAUGCGGGGACAUCGCUUCGGCUCUCAAGUGCAUGCAGAUGGCCGGACCAGGGCAUGAUGAUUUUAUCGCUGUUUUGGAAGAGAAAAGUCGAAAUCCGGGCCAGAAAAUUAACCCGAAACUCGAACUGCAGAUUCGUAUGCAGUACAAGAGGCAAAUCAGGAAUGCCAUUGAUCCGUACAAGCGAGCCGUUUACUGCAUUAUCGGUUGCUGUGACAUUCAGGAGCAGCAUCCGGAAGUCGCCAAAAGUUCGGACGAUUUCCUGUGGAUUCAGCUGUCGCUAAUUCGCCCCGAGUCUGAUGACAAUUCGGAACACCUAACCUAUUCCGGAUUGCAAGCGAUGAUACUGGAACAGUACGGAGAGAAACACUUCAACGCUAACGAGCAGCCACAUCUGUUCUAUCAGGUUUUGGCGUUGACCGGUCAGUUCGAGGCGGGAAUCGAGUUUUUGUCACGAUUCGAAAAGUUUCGUGCCCAUGCAGUGCACAUCGCCCUGGCUCUGAAUGAGCUGCAUAUGAUUGGUGGACCAAGGAACUUACAGGAGCCGCUACUGUCCGUUGAUAUCGAAGAUCCUCAGCCGAUGCGGCGACUCAACAUCGCGCGUCUUAUAAUGCUCUACGUGAAAAAGUUCGAAAUAACCGAUCCAGCUGAAGCACUGCAGUAUUUCUUCUUCCUGCGUAGUCUGAAAGAUACCGAAGGACGCAAUCUCUUUCUGGUGUGCGUGUCCGACUUGGCUAUCGAAUGUCGGGACUUUGAUUUGCUGUUUGGCAAAAUGCAACGCGACGGAAUCCGCUCUCGGGGGUUAAUCGAUCAAUUCGAGAGCAGCCAUAUCGAUGCUGCCAUGGCGUGCGAACUGAUUGCGGAAGAGUUCAUCAAGAAGGGAAUGUUCGAGGACGCUAUCAAAUUGUUCGAUUUAGCAGGUAAUCACGAACAAGCUUUGCGCUAUACUUCCAUCAUCCUUUCGCAAGUGGUUCAUCAGCCGAAUAAGCCUGGCUCUUUGCGGGAGCGUAUGCAGCGCGUCGCGCUGGAAUUCACCGAACGAUAUGUGGGUGCCGAGAAGCACUGCGAUCCACAAACCUGGUCUUCGUUUGCUUUGCUGAAAGAGUUGGUUAUUUUCUUUGAUAACUUCCACAACAAAAAUUACCAGCCUGCACUAGAAGUUCUAGAGAGAAUCAAACUAGUUCCGCUGAAGAUGUCCGAUCUGGAGGCAUGCGUACACAACUUCAGGCGACUAGGCGGUGUAGUAUGCAAAGUGAUUCCCGAUUUGCUGCUUGCAACUAUGGAUAUCGCCUAUAACAAGUACAAAAUGCUGAAGGGCAAAGAUGUCGCUAAGUUUGACGAUGCCGGAAAGGAGAAGCAACUGACCUAUCUUCGCGAGCAAGCGAAGGCUUUGACUAACAUGGCAGCGACCGUUCCUUAUCGAAUGCCGGGCGAUACCAACAACCGUCUGGUCCAAACGGAAAUUCUCAUGCACUAAUAAAGUUU